AUGAGUAACCGCCGAGCUCAAAAAUACCGUGAGCGUCAAGAAUUACGACAGCAGAUUGAAGAAGAAGAGGAAGCCGAAGUGCCCUCCGUAACUUCUUCAAACGAGCAUCUCCCCUUCGCCAGUGAAGAAUGCAUCGAACCAGAGAAGGUUAUCGAAAUGUUCAAGACGUGUCUUGCUGACAUUUUGGAGAGCGAAGAUCUUCAAGAUGUAAUUCAAGAGGUCAAAGGCGAUUUAUACCGUCGUGAUUACCUUGUAGCUUUUGACGACGAUGAAAAACGAUACGCCUACGCCCUGCGAUGGACUCCCUCCCGAGCAAUUGCGUACGCCUCUUUGUUUGGAAGCCUUGAACAGAUCACAGAGUUGUUCAAGAGUAACGACGGACAGCGUAAGGCUCUAUGUGUUGGUGGUGGUGCUGCCGGCGAACUUGUAGGUCUUGGAGCUGUCUAUGCCAGACAGAAACAGCUUAACCCCCAAUGUCCAGCACUCUCUGUUGACUUAGUUGAUAUUGCUAACUGGAAGAAUGUUGUGGCGUCGCUUUACAACAACAUGUCUUCGUGGUUCUAUGAUCCUUCCCAAUUUACCACAAAAUUCAUGAAGAACGACAUUUUAAGCCUGUCAAUUUCGUUCUCAGACUAUGACUUGAUUACCGUUUUGUUCACUACCAAUGAAUUGUUUACUGAAAAGCGGAAAGAGACUAUCGGCUUUUUGAGUCGCCUCCUGGCACAAUGUAAGCCUGGUUCUUUGCUUUUGAUGGCGGAGCUGGCAGGUUCUUACUCCCAUAUUGAGGUCGGGUCAAAGAAAUUCCCUGUGCAAAUGUUAAUCGACAUGGUUCUACUUGGGAAGAAGGGCGAAGACAAUGGAGCAUGGGAGGUAGUUGAUCAAAGCGAAUCUUGCUGGUAUCGUGUUCGUGGAGAGUUGAACUACCCGAUGAAACUUGAAAACAUGCGGUUCUUUUAUCGAUUAUACAAGCAUAAGUAA